CUAAACAGUCGGCAUAUCCUCCAAAAUUAACGUUAUCAUCGAAAUCAUCUAAAGUUGCUUGUUUGUUAACCACAUAUCACGUGUUCUUCAAAUAAUCAAUGGCCAAAUCACCAAACAGAUCGCCGGCAUCUAACGGCUGGUGCACCAUCACCGUUCUCUUUCUUAUCUGCCAAAAGUUUGUCACCGUUCGGCCAGAAGAUGGACUAGCGGAUGAUGGUUGCUUACGAAGCAAGGGUUCGUCGUUUAAGGUGGCUCUAUUUGCCGAUCUACAUUUUGGAGAGGAUGCAUGGACUGACUGGGGCCCGCACCAAGAUUUUAACUCCGUUAAAGUUAUGUCCACAGUUCUCGACCUUGAAAGCCCAGAUUUCGUGGUAUAUCUUGGAGAUGUAAUCACGGCAAACAAUUUACCAGUUCAUAAUGCUAGCUUGUAUUGGGAUCAAGCAAUAUCUCCGACACGAGCCAGGAACAUACCGUGGGCUAGCUUGUUUGGUAACCAUGACGAUGCACCAUUCGAGUGGCCUAUCGACUGGUUUUCAUCGUCCGGAAUACCUCAAAUACUCUGCCCUUCCGCAAAUGCUUCCCGGGGAGACAAGUGUAGCUUUAAGGGGACAACGCGUUUGGAGCUGAUGAACAAUGAGAUAAGGCGUAAUUUGAUGUCAUACUCGCAAUUUGGCCCUCAAAAUCUAUGGCCAAGUGUAUCUAAUUACGUUCUUACCAUUGUAUCCCCAAAACGUGAUCACAAAUCGCCUGUAAUGUUCAUGUACUUCUUGGAUUCUGGCGGCGGAUCAUACCCAGAGGUUAUAUCAACUAUCCAGUCUGAAUGGUUCCAUAACAAAUCUCAAGAGGUGAACCCUGAUUCAAGCAUACCAGAGAUAGUAUUUUGGCAUAUACCAAGUAAAGCCUACAAGAAGGUGGCCAAGAAAGUUGCAUCCAAACGGACACAGUGCGUAGGUUCGAUGUUUGAAGAGCCCGUGGCGGCCCAAGACGCGGAAAUGGGAAUGAUGAAGCUUCUUAAAAAAAGGCCUUCAGUGAAAGCUAUAUUUGUGGGUCACAACCAUGGGCUCGAUUGGUGCUGCCCAUAUGAGAAGAUGUGGUUGUGUUAUGCUAGACAUACUGGGUACGGUGGCUAUGGAACAUGGGCUCGAGGUGCUAGAAUCUUGGAAAUUACCGACGAGCCCUUUUCACUCAAGUCGUGGAUUAGAAUGGAAAAUGGCACGUUGCAUAGUGAGGUGGUUUUAUCUCCUUAGAAGUAGCUUUUGUUAGGAAAUUUGAAGACCAAAUGCGUCGAUAGUGUAUAUGUUUUAUCCAAGUAAAUAUUGGUUCCCUCGUAUAUGUGUAACGACAUAAAUGAUGUUAACACGAUUUACACAAUCUAAUUUUGGUAUGUUGAUGUC